CUAGUUUCAGAUUCCGUUAUCGUAACAAAAUUAAUAAUGUGCGUUGAGUUCAUUAAUGAUACAAACAUGGCGCCUUGCUGGAGUAUUGUGGCGUUAAUAUGUCUUAUUGCGUUUCUCUUUGCCAAAGGUUUGGUAACACAAAAACCGAUUCUGAUUGCGACUGGGAUGGCUGAGGAUCAAACCAUCACACUAACGUGUUAUAUUUACGGGGUUACGGCUCGCUCAGUUGGCUGGUACAGAAACAAAGGUCGAAAGGUCAUCUCCGUUGGUUAUGUCAACAAUAUCUGUGAAACAAGUCCUCCUGAGCUGCCGUUUUAACGAAGUGUCUGUGUUUAAAUAUAACCGUGUAUAGUUGUACGAUGACAGUGGAGCCGUCAAUGCAUAACGGGGAUGAAUGGGAAUGCUCGUUUGCAGAUAAUGGUUUAUCUAUCAAAAGCAACAGAAUCAGGAUAAAGGGAUCAAACCUAAGCCAUACUGAAACAGAACAAAAGAUGUGCACGGUUGAAGUUAACAAUGGCCGAUUUGAAAUUAAAGUCACUUCCAACGAAGAGAAGGACAUCUUCAGUUUUGGCGUUGAUGAAGUUGAUGUUGGCAUCUGCGAUACAUACUUCGAUGGUUCGAGAAUGCUUGCACAUACAUAUAAAAACCAGUAUAACAUAACUUUCACACCAAGUAAACAACAGUGCAUCUUCACUAUUUUCAAAUUAAGUGUAACCCCGGCUAUAGUUUACAUCUCCUCCGAAGCCAAGGCUAUGAAAGAAGUGCUGAUUGACGGAAAAGCCAUUGAAAGUUGCAAGGACCCAUCGAUACGGAUAUUUAUCCUUAAAGCAAACGAAUUGGAAUCGCACGACAGCAUUUUUCCUGUGGUUGUUAUUGCUGGCAUAGUGCUGCUACUCAUUGCAGCAUUGAUAGGACUUACUGCUGGUCUUGUUUGGAAGUUGUUAAAAAGAAAGCUUCAGGUCCCCUUGAUGACAAUAAAGAUGGUGAUUCUUCGGUCGAAAAGAGUACAUUUAUACAUGACCAUGGAACCGAUGGAAAUGUGAAUGCAGCAUUGUUUUCUGAGGUAACAAUUUGAGCAAAGACAUUCCUAAAUGAGGCACAAACGGUGUAUCCCCAGCUAUGUCAGCCACUAAUUUCUUCUUAAAUGACUGUUUAAGCACCCAUAUUUCUUGAAAAAAAAAUUAUAUUGUCAAAUUUCUUUUUCUUACUUAUUAUACAGAUAUAUAGGAUUCCGACACGAGUUGUCAUUUAUACAAGAUUUUAUUAAUAAUUGUUCAUAAAAUUUGUUAGUAAGCGAGCCUCUGGGGAGCUUACUAACAACUUUCAUGGACGAGUUUAAUAAAAAUCUUCUAUAAAAUGACAACGAGUGUAAGACUUUUUUAUCACAUGCUUAAAACGGUGUUUUUAUUACCAAUUUAGUUCCACUUUCUGAACCGAUUGUUUGACAGCCAAUGUUCUCAGAGUGGAAUGUCAAUGAUGCGCCAUAUGAAUAGUUCCUAAUGAAAAUGAAAAAAAAAAAUAGCUAUCAGUUAUCGAGUUUUAUUUCUGAUGAAGCGCUAAACAAGUCACAAAUAUAAAAAUGUGUAGUAAAAUAUUCAACAACCUGAAUAACGAACAAUUUUAACAAAAAAACAAACAAUAAGUACACAAUUUGAUGACGUCACACUGAGAGUACAUGCAUGUACGCGGUUUAUGUGACCAUCAUCGGUCUGUCAAGUGUUACUGUGUGCACGGAUUUCAAAGUUAUUCGCUGUCGCUUUCUACGAUGAUUUUGGAGCGUUUUCUUAGUGUUCCUGGAUUUUUACAACAUGCAGAUGAUUACGGCGAAGCCUUACUCUCUACUGCAUGGAUGUUGAUGUUGAAAAAUUUCCACCAAAAAAGUUACCCGAGAACAUGAUGUUCUAGCCGUCAUUGCCAUGGGAUGUGUAAAGAGAAGCCUGUGUUGCGGAAUUCUUAUUUGUGUUUUUGGUAACCGACAGUUCUUCAAACUGUCAAGAAAAAGGCAUUGAUUGCAUAUUGCCUGUGUUUGUCAGGAUGAAGAUGUUUGAAAUGUUCUCGUGUUGUUUAUCACUAAUGUGGCUGUAUUUGUUGACUGACUGGAUUUUUCUGUGACUAGUGAUCUGCAUUAUCUGGUCGGAGGAACAUUGUUAUCAGAAAGUUUUCGAAAAAGAUGCUUUCUGGCAUUAUGAUUCGUUAGCAAUUUGUCUCCCGGAAGUCCUACAGCUUCAUUAUUGAGGUAGGUAAGUAUUUGUUGGCGUUUAAACCAUUUUUUUACAAACAAUGCGGAUGUAUAUCUAGGUCGCGUGUGAUUAGCCAAUAUAAAUGACUGAUAUGUUAUCUUACUCAUAUGUAGGAUAAAAAUAUUCGUAAUGGGUAUAUUACACGGAAAACAAGGGUAAGCAUGUGAUAAAUUGUUUAUACGGAUUUUAAAUAUGAAAUCCCUUAAGCAGUUUAACAACUUUUAAAUUAAGAAUAUUACUCUGGUUACUAGUAUACCAAAUAAAUAACAGCGUUCUGAGGUGACACAUCUUUAAAAUGACUUAAGAUUGGGGCCAUAUAGGUCAUUUCAUCAAGAAUCUUAGGAGCAGUUUUGUUCCUAGGAGACAUUUUGCAGUGAGGUACCACUGUUUAAAGCACAUCCUAGUUGCACAAUUGAUGUAUUCAAGUAUUGACGAAUUGCCACCCCCAGUGCUAACAAUACUAUUACUUCUACUUGAACAAAACAACAAGACAUGUAUCACACUAUUUUAGGUAGAACUGAAACUGAAACUGUAUGUAACAUGACUGUGAAUAACAUUAGGAAACUGCAUCUAAUUAGCUACAUAGAAUUUUCAGACUGUCUACUGAUGUUUAAAAUCUCACUAAAUCAUCAUGAUAAGUAACUCUUUCUGACAUAUUAUUGAAAUUAUGGCCUUUUUACUUAAAAAUAUGGUUAGGGUAUUGAUUUUGACCACAAUUGUUUCCAUAACUCAGCAAAUAUAUCAUGUAUUUCACUAACUCUUUAUACAAUUUAGUUAGAUAACUCAGUACUUCACAUGAUGUAAAUAUGCCGCUUUAAUAUUUGACUUUGUUUUGCAUGUUAGCACAUAUAAUGUCAUGCUUAGUUCACUAACUCAAGCUAAUAUAAACCCUUGUCAGAUUUUUGGACAGAAUAGUGUAAUUUGUUUAAGUGCAGGCGGGAAGCUGUUUAAACAAAGUAAUACUACGGCAACUUCAUACAUGGUCGCAAUACACUGUGGUGGAAAUAAAUUUGGAAGAAUGAAAUAAAUUUCACCUCGUUGGCACCGAAAAAACUAUUGGCUACAUCACUAGUUGAAUAUAUGUUUUGGUGCUCACUAGGUUAAAUAUUUUACGAUCUGAAACAGACAAUUAUCCUCUUUACUUUUGUAUCUGUUUUUUUUUUGUAUUUGUUUAAAGCAUUAAUAAAUUCCACUUUUGGCAAUCGGCUAAUCCUAAAUUCUUAUUUUCUGUUUUGAUAUGACGCUCGUUUUAAAAUGUGGAUAUAAAUACCACAUAUCCUAAUAUUUGCAUUACAGUUUAAACUUGAACUGGGAAUGGAAACCAUGUAUAUCAGUCUACUAGUUCAAAAAGCGCAUUUAAAGCUUAACAAAGACAUGUUUUUAUAUUUUAAGGUAAAAAAUGUAUUUUUGAAUUUAUUUAGUGCAAAAUAACGUUUAGAGGAACCUACGGUACUUUCCAUGUUUUUUUUAUUUAGAUAAGAAAGCGUUCAAACAUAAAAUUACAUUAUGUCACACACAUUAUAUGAAACUAUGGAGUACAAUACUGAGAAAACUAAGAAAUGGUAUUUAAAUCUAAGAACUUGAUUAAGCAAAUGCAUUUACAAUACUUGUAUACGCUUUUUUUUUGAAAAGAUUUCAUACCGGAUAAAAUGUGUUCGUGUUCUUUAAAAAGUCAA